CCCAAUUCUACUCACCCCGCCAAUCCCUAAUUUCAACGGUCCUUUUACCCCCACUUUCUCUCUCUAUCCCUUUCACUCUCUUUCUGGGUUUUUCUUCGAUUUUUCUGGGUUUUUCUUCGAUUUUUCUGGGUUUCUCUUCAAUUUUUCUGGGCUUUCCUUGAAUUUUUCUGGGUUUGUUUGAUUGGUAGAGAAAAAGCGACGGAAAAUCCAUUAAUGGCGACGUCACCACCAUCAGCUACAGACGCUUCUGGAUCUAGACACCAUGGUUACAGUCGAAAGCAGAAAUCUUUGGGUCUUUUGUGCUCCAAUUUCUUGAGCUUGUAUAAUCGAGAUGGGGUUGAAUCUAUUGGCCUCGAUGAUGCUGCCAAUAAAUUGGGAGUUGAAAGACGUCGGAUCUAUGAUAUUGUAAACGUGCUCGAAAGUGUUGGGGUGCUAGCAAGGAAGGCAAAGAAUCAGUAUACAUGGAAAGGUUUUAAAGGAAUUCCCAAGGCUCUUGCCGCGCUAAAGGAAGAAGGUAUGAGGGAGAAUUUCGGUUCUUCUGGUGGAUGUAGCAGAAUGAAGUUUCAAGUGUUUGAUUAUGAGGAGGAUGCAAAUUCUAAUCCUGAUACCGGAAGCCAGCCUGACGUACCAAACAGCAGUGCUAGUUCCAAGCCUGACAAUAGAAGGGAGAAGUCUUUGGGGCUUCUAACACAAAACUUCGUCAAGCUUUUCAUAUGCUCUAAUGUUGAUCUGAUUUCCUUGGAUGAAGCCGCAAAGAUCUUGCUUGGUGAUGGUCACAACUCAACAGUAAUGAGAAGUAAGGCAAAAGUCAGAAGAUUGUAUGACAUUGCCAACGUAUUAUCCUCCAUGCAACUUAUUGAAAAGACUCAUCAAACAGAGACCAGGAAGCCAGCCUUCAGGUGGCUGGGGCUGAGAGAAGGGAGGGAGAACACUCUAACUAGCAUACCUAUGCCCACGGAGUCUAAGAAAAGGACAUUUGGAACUGAUGUUACUAACAUCAGUUUUAAAAGGAACAAGAUGGACUUUUCAGCUGGAGAGGAAGCAAAGCAGCUGAAGAUGAAGGUAAAAACAGAGAACGUCGAAAGUGAAUUUUAUACUGAGCAAAACCCAAGACCAAGAAGCUACCAGUAUGGUCCCUUUGCUCCGGUCACAGUGGCAAAAGUAGGUAUUACUGAGCAGAAAAACACAAACCGAGUACAUGACUUGGAAAGCCUUUCAUCAACUUUUCGCCCUCAAUAUCACAAUCAAGCUUUAAAAGACCUCUUUGACCAUUAUGUAGAAGCAUGGCAAUCUUGGUACUCCGAAGUAGCUGGGAAGUCAGUAGAGCAGGUUUCCUGAUGAUUUAAUCUAACCUCAGAAGAUGUUCGUUGCUUAGAAAUUGAAUUGCGACACAGAUUUUGCCCGUCUUCCUCUUUCAAAGGCCAAAACAAGAUGGGCAGAAGAUAGCUUGAUGGUGGAUGCAUUUUCUCAAUGCACCCCACCACACAUGACAUAAAAUUAGGAAGGUGUGAACAUACCUUGUUUAUUUUGUUCAUAGGAAAGACAAGGGCGAAAGAAUUAUGUGGUUAGUAUUGGGGAAGAAACUCAACAUUGUAGAUGAAUUUGUUGUCAAAAUUCCCAUUAGAUAAUUUGAGUAUAUGAUUGAUUUGCACAUAUGUCAUGUGCCCGUCCAAUGUCCAUGUCUUGGUUAACUGAGAAUUCGAAGGCUGCAUUCUAGCCUUGAACGUCCAUGAGCUAGGUUUCUGGUAGAGGAUGGCUUAAAGGAUGGUUCCUGUGCAGGGGGUAGUAUACUACUGUUUAAUGCGAAUAUCAGUAUAUCCCUAUAUCUGUAUGUCCAUGUUCCAAUGUCUGUUGCAAAGAAUUGAAACAAGAGAA